UUUUCAUUUCAACUGGGAAUUUGGAAAAAGAAAUGGUGUAACUGUCUUUUAAGGAUCAUUGUAGUCCUCUACAUUUGGUCUAUUUGUGUUCUGCUCUUUCAGAGUGACUGGAGAGGAGAAAGAUUAAGACCUAGCAAUUCUUUUCAGUAAAUGCUUUGCAGAGAAACAUUCUUUUUCGUUUGCCUUAGGAAGUUGACUAUGGACGUGUGUUGGAGCUUGGACAGGAAUCUAAAUGGAUUGACAAUGACAAAUGGUGGUGUAUUAUUGAAGAAAAAUUAAUAUAUAUGUGCUCUGAUGAGUUCUAAAGACAUCAAUGCUCAAAAUUAUAUUUCCUUUUAAAAGAUCCUUUAAUUUUUAGACACACUUUUUUCAGUGCAGUCACAGCUGUCAGCACUGACAAGGUUGAAUUUACUAAUUCAUGUCUUCCACUUCUACUCUGUAAAGAAGCUAAAUUGCCUAAUGAAAAAGCUCCCAGAUUAGAUUUUCUUUUUAAAUAGUGAUGAUGAUGAUAAUAAUAAUAAUAAUAGUAAUAAUAAUAAAGUGGGCUCUUCAUCUACAAUUCCAGCUUUGAUGUCUCCAAGACUGUGACUAGAAUGUAGGAGAAAGAAAGAGAAAGCACAAAGAAAAAUUAUGGCUGUUGUAGAAACAAAUUUUUUAUAAAUCUCUUUUUUUAUGUAACUUCUUUCUUAGAGAUGAUAAUUGCAAAAAUACUUUGUGUGCUUUAUAUUUUUCUCCUUUGUUCUCUAUCUAUCUCUCUGUAUAUUUGUGACGAAUAACAGAUUCAAUUUCUUCUUCAGCAUUUUGCGCCAUAUGCUUCUGUACUGCCGGAUGGGUGACCGUGGCACACAGAGAGUUAAUCAUCUGCAGGAUUUUACUUCAUUAUAAAAUUAUUUAUCCACUGCCAGGAGUUGAUAUCUGUUCUAUCUUUGGAAAUGCAUAACUCAAGCAGGUCCUGAUGUCCCUGGGCGAACAGGGACCUGGGAAUAGCAGAAAAACCUGAUGUUCAAAAAAACCCAAACAAACACAAAAUGCAGGAGACACAAAGUCUCGGCAAAACCCCUCUUAGACCUGCAGCUGGAUUGCACACAGAGAUAGCCAGGACAAAAAGUGCUUGAAAAUGUCUUUUAAUUCACUGUGCCUAGAUACUGAGUGUCAGCUCUUAGAAAAGUAUGAAAGUGCCAAAAUCCACAUGGACCUCCUGACACUUUGACUGGGUUUAUUUACAAGGUAAAUACUUUGGCAAUGUGACUAGGGGAGGUCCAGUCUAGCCUGAGUGUCUAAGAACAUGUGGUCCAUAAUGUACCAUAUCAAGCAGAAGAGUAAGCUAUUAAACAGAAAGGAAGAUGAGAUUUCCCCUUGGUUGUGAAGGUCAGCCUGAGCAGAUAGUGUAAAGCAUCCCAAAAAGGGUUCACACUACUGAAGAUACUUGAUACUAAGUCUUACUCUGUGUUUUUUCCUCAAGUACUUGGCAUCAAAACAUUUAUUUGUCUUUGUCUUUUCACAUCAGACUUUUGUUCAAAAUUUUCUUUCUCUCCAUCUGUUUUUGGCAACGUGCUUGACUAUGGUCAUAGCUGGAAAAAAACAAACCACUACAUGCAGAUUUCUAUUGAAACAUUUAUUAAGUAUAAGAUGUGAAGAAAAUUUAAAAUGUAUUACUCGAAAUUUGGAGCUGGGUUUGAAAUUUGAAGUUCAGGAGAAAUUUUGCUCUUUGUCUAGGUAUUUCUGUGUGAUAUAUUUCUGAGUCUUGCUCUUUCAGCAUAAAAACUUGGUUUCAAAUAAUUUUUUUUAAAACUCAGUGAUUUUUUUCAGAAAAUUCCUGUUCUCAAGGAAAGUCAUGGGAACUGAAGUCACCUUGCUUUGCAAGGACAUUUUUGACCUAACACCAAAUACUUUGGUAUAUUUGAACAGUUCUCAAUCAGUAUUUGACAGGGGAAAUUCAUGCUGUGUCAGAGCCAAUCCCCAUCUCUAAUAAUCAUUUGGCACCUUUCUGUGUUCUGUCCAUGGUCAAGCUUAGAUAGAGAUUGUACUGAAGAAAAAGAUGAUUAUAGUGUACUUUUUGUCAUUGUUUCUUAAAAAGGGUCGGCUCCAGAUAUUCCUUUUUCAGUGUCAUAGAACUUGUCUGUGAAAUGGCUUUCAAGUAAUUUUCUAGAUGUGAAAGUAAAGCCACAUAGGUGCUAAUAAAACCAUACUCAUUAAAAAUAGCAAGAAUAAUCAAAGGAAAAGGAAAAGCAUGUUACACGGAGCUGCUAAAGGUCAUCCAAAUGCAGUUUACCUUGACAUGCUGCAAUAAAUGCCCUCCCUGAACAUAGCUUUCAGUAAUAUAAGUUAUAUAAGUAAUAUAGUAUAAUUUUUAUUAUAUAGUAAUAUUAUAUAAUUUUUAUAGUUAUAGCAGAGAGCACUGAAAUCACCGAACUCUCCUAAGCUAGGGGGCUGCUUUAGUCUGAUUUCCUGCCAUAGACUGCCUAUUUGGCCAGCUUGCAAGAAGACUAAGUAGGAUGUUCUUGUUUCCUGGAAAUAGUUUUACAAUCAUUUGGCCUUCUUGGAUGUUAGAAAAUGUUCAUUAUUCACCAACUUGUCUGAAGCUACUUCAACAGUUUUGCAGUACAAUGACUAAGAGUGAUAUCAUCCAUAGCAAAGCAGAAUAGUCAGUGUCAUAGAUAUUUUCUUUUGUACCUGCAGUGCUUCUAUCAUAUUGCUUUGGAAGUGUCCUUUAAUGAGCUCAGAGUGCCAAGAUGAUGUGACCCCAGUGUGCUUGUCAGCUGUCCCCAGGCAGAGGUUGAUUUGCAUUCAGACAUGUCAGCCUACAGGGACAGAGCUCCUUAUCUGUCCAUCAGUAGUUCACAUUAAAUGUAGGACAGAUAUUGAGUUCAACCUACUGUCUCCUACAUAUUAAAUAAAAACUUGUUUAAAGGUACUAUGUAUGCAAUUCUCUGAAAAAUGGUGCAAAUUGAUUUAUGAGACAAACACAUACGUGCCAAGAUUUUACCUAGAUCAGAUGUGAUACCAAGGUCUUGCUUUGUUUUGUGUUUUGUGUGUGCUUCAGAAUAUCCAGAAUAUGUCUAUAUUUUUUGCCAUGUCGACUCAAAAAAAUCUUGCAACCAUUAAUUAUGAAAUAUCAAUCACACAUGGAAAAAAAUUACUUGAGAGUUGUCCAUAGAAAGUCACAGCUACAUCUUUGACUGAUCAAGACUUCAAAGGUACCAGAAUGUGUGUUCCUAUUCAUACUAGAAAACACGGUAUAAUUAAUGGGGCUGAAUGAAAAUCUCUUCUAGAAGUAACAGUAUUACUAAACAAAAAUAAAGCAUAGAAAGUAAAAGUCUGUUUCAGGGGAAACCAGCUUCAUAUGCACAUUAAACUCAGUUGGCAGACACCACUCUAAUUCUAUAUUUACUUCUGCAUAUGUCUUUUUUACUCACUAGAUUCAGUACCAUUCACCCUCUCCUUGGCAUUAUACUUUCAUCCUAUAUUUCAUUCUUAUGAGUUGUUUGCUGGGUGUUUCUGAUAACAACAUGCUCCCAUGUGAUCUGGGGAUAUCAUUGGGUGUAUCAGAGUUAAAGUUAAGUUUCCUUUCCUUGACCCAGCUGUGCUGCUGAGCAUGCACUGGGAUACAAAACUCUUUUCUUAUGAAUGGCUUGAUUCUCAGUAGGACUGAACUCUGAGAAUUCAUCAGUAACAUGUCAGCAGACAACUCAAAUAUUAUCCUGAAUUUUCCUGUUGAAUUACAGUUAUACUCAAUUCCUCCAAUACCUUCUUAUAUCAGUAUCAAAGUCUCUCCUCUCUUUACCUCAUAAUUUCAUGUGAACUGUUGUCUCUUCUAAUACCCUUUUUAAUAAUAUCAUCAAGACAACCCAAAAAAUGAGCUCAUAAAGUAUUUGUAUAUUCCUAUUUUUAUUAUAAGAACAACCAAACUUUUCACUAAGAAGCAGGAGUUUUCAUUAGAAUCUGACAAAUAGUAAACCUCUGACAUUUUCCUAAAAAAAUUGCCCUAAUAAUUGCUUUACUUUGUUCCAUCAGUUAGGGUUCUUAGUGAAAUACACAUUAUCUGAGAUCAAGGCAUGUAUUAGUAGCAGCAUAUAGUAUGUCCUUCUCCCCUCUUCCUCGUAUUGUCACUUUUUUCCCUAUCCAGGCAACUAUAGAGAAAAGAGAACUGUCAUUUUAUUUUGUCUAACGCAGACUCGUGUAUCUGAGGAAUCUGGUGUGAGGGUGUAGCUGUUUCUACACUUCCCUCCCUGCCUUCCCACCAAUGAACGUGAGAACUGAUCCCAGGACAGUUCAUUUACCUUGUGAGUAGGAGCAGAAUAUUUAUUGCUAACUUGAGGCAAGAGCAUUUUCUCAUUGUGCCCAAGGCAUAAUCAGAAGAAAUUAUGGGAAAAUUGUGUGUGACAGGUUUAGAUAUCUCCUGCAAGAACCAAAGUAGUUUUGGAUUUUUCAGUUUCCAUGUUGUUUGAGGAGCAAUGAGAGAGAAAUGACAUCUAACAAAAGAAUAUUUCUGGUCAGGCUAGGCAGAAAAGGUUCCCACUAAAAUGAAAUUUUCAACAUAUAAACUAGGUCAGGGAAAUAUGUUUACUUUGUUGCAUGAAGAUUCAUAUAAAUUUUGCAGUUUCUGCAUACUGUGAGUUUCACUGAUUACUUUAAAAGAAACUACUAAACUGAAUCAGGAGCUAAACUUUCGACUUUGAAACCACUUCUAACUCGCCCUAGAAAAAAAAUUUAAGAUUUUCUGUUGCUUAGACUUCUAAAGAAUAAAUGUGACAUUUUUUAUAAUUUCCAUCUGGCAAUGUUUGGUUUUCAGACUGAACAUGUAUGCACAUACACAUAACUUGUUUUAUUUUAGUUUCAUGCAUUUUCACAAAGGCUGUGAUUAUCUCUAGUAAAUAUGACACCUAGAUCCCUUGACUUUUUCUUCCUUAAAGGGAGCAACUGUGUAGCUUCCAAUACAUUUGCCUAAAGCCACACUUUAUGUGUAUAUGUGUGUAUGUAUAUGUAUUGUAUAAGAUAUACAUACAUUUAUAUACAUGCAUAUAAGAUAUGGGUGCAUAUGUCAUCUUUAGCCUGCUUCCCAAAAUGAAUAUUUUUUGCAUACAAGGGAUGCAGAGGGUACCAACCACUUUCCUUUCUGGCCACUGGGCUGAUGUGCUGGAAAAUUGGUUUCAAAUUGAAUUCUCUCUCUUCUUCUGCUCUUAUAUUUUGAUUUCAGAAUAACAGCCCAUGAUUGAGGGUAAGCAUAAAUAGCAACAAGGGAGUAAGGCAUGGAGGAAGGAGAGCAGGUGGUAGGAUGCCACCAAUGUAAAGUGGUGAGCGACAGGCAAUCACACACAUAUAGUUAGUUAUACAAACACCUAUGUCUGGGUAUAGUCCACAAUCUCAGGAUCUUGCUACAUAAAGCAACAAAAGAUUCAGACAUUAUUUUUUUCACCAUUUAUCUGUCUCUCCACAUUCCCAAAGACUACUGUUUUAUUCAAUUUGAAUAGGAAUACAAGUGAAAAAAAUCCUGACUUCUCAGGAUUGAUUAGCUCUGUGCUUCAGCUAUUCAGAUGAUCUGUCUCACAUCUCAUUCAAGUAGUAAAGCUGUCAAAAUAUAGAUGACCCCAAAUAUUUAACUGUUCAUGUAAAAUGGAACUGCUUCAGCAGAAGAGAUAUAAUUAAGAACAAGGGAUUUGCCUUAGUAUCAUACCUUCAUCCUUUACUAACCACUGACCUUUUGUGGGCAGCUGUUUUGUUGAUAUGUGAAUGUGACUCCUCGGACCAUUCUGGUACUCAUGAAGGAGUAUUUUUGAAGAAAUAAGGUUUUACAUAAAAUCUCUUUAUCAGCCUUAGUGAGGAGUAUCUACAGAAGAACAGGCUAAAGGACCAAAUAGAGGGCUAGAGGGAUGAUCAGAAAAAGACUGAGUACUUAGCAUCAAGUAAUCAAAACUUGUCAGUGCAAAACAUUAGGUUAGUAGAGCUAAAGAAGAAAGGGGCUCAAGCACUGAUUGCAAGCGUUGGCUAGAAAAAGCUACCAUUUUCACACAGGUGGCAGGUAUGAAAUGUGUUUUGAGUAGAGGGAAGAUGAAAAACCUGGUGGUUAUUUUGCUGUUCAAUGAACCUUUGCUUCUGUAUCUUGUGCACUGGAUAAAUUGAUUCCUUUCCCCACACUUUGCCACAGAGCCAGGUGCUUAUAUCUCCUGGGGGGAAGAUGAGAAGUGUAAAUGCCAACUCAUGUAGCAGAGACAAGGUGACUAUAGGUUCACUAGCAAGAGCUGUUUAAGAUGGUUUCUGGUUUCAUGUGACGAUGACAUUUACGUAAAGGUAUGCUGGCUUGAGGGCACUUUUCUGCUAAUUGCAUUUUCAAGCUCUUGACCACAUACAUAAUUCUACAGCUGUAGAAUCGCAAGCAGUGAAAAGAUAAGAUUGUUCAGGUUUUAGAAUAAUUGUUCUUAUUUGAAUUGUUAGUAUUUUACUUUCUCUAAAUGCUUUUAAGAAUCUACUUGUUUUUAGUUUUACAAAAUCUUUCUUAAAAUCCCAGAAUUUUUGAGCUACUUAAAUAUUUCCAUGAAUCAGACCCAGAAAAACAAAUCUGGUCUACUUAAUGUUUUUACAUAUUGCCUUCACAUAUCUAACUAUAUAAAAUAUUAAAUUUAAAAUUUUUAUCAGUGUUCUGUAAUACUUAGAGGAACUUCACAGGUAUAUGUGAUAAUGGCAGCAAAUCAGAAAAGGACCAAAAAAAAAAAAAUCCAAGCCAAUUUUAUUGGUUCAAAUUGGUGUCUUAAUUGGUUCUGAACUGCAACUAAGUGUCUAAGUGGAGAAAAUCACCUAAAUUUACCCUCCCCCUUAGUCAGCGGUGAGCUUCAUAGGACCCUCCCCAAGCCAUAUAAGGCCAGGAAGAAUGUGCUAAGCACUGAGUGUGCUAAGAAUAAAGUUGUACUGGGAUGGAUAAGGUUACUUUGAACUCUAUAUUUCAUGUUUCCUGACAUACCCCCCAAAGAACUGCAAUUAUGCUAGCAAGGCUGUAGGAGCAUUGAACAGUUCUUUCCCAGUUCUUUUGAUUUUUGUUGCCUCUCCAUGCAUUCCUGUCCUGUUUAGAGCUGUCUUUUUUUUACAUUUUAUUUGUGGUGGUCACGGUUCUGAGGAUAUUAGACAAACGUGCUGAAGGUUCACUCUGAGGCAUGGCUAUUUUUGUUAGAAGCUGAUACUUUAGACUGAGCUUUAAGUGUUGCCUCUGGAAGGCCUUGUGUUGUUCUGGGAGGCCAGGUCUGCAGAGGAAAUAGACAUUUCAGGGAGCAUAAAAGAAGAAGGAACACAAUUAGAAAAAGCAGAGGACCUCCCUCCUUCUCAUUCUGCAAGUCCUGCGAGAGUCAGCAACCCAGAAGUACUAUCUGAGCUGCCACAGUAAAUCUUGACCUUUUAAACAGAGUAUCUCUUACCAUCAUCAUGGCCGAGAUAACAGCAGAAGGACACAUGUCUACAACCACGACGAUAAUAGAUGGUAAGAACGGCUCCGUUCCUUCGUCAUCCAUGAAGGUGGGCAAGAAGUCAGUGACAGAAGACCUUGUGACAACGUUCAGCUCUCCAGCAGCAUGGCUUCUUGUUGUUGCUCUGAUUGUUACCUGGUCAGCAGUAGCUAUCGUAAUGUUUGACUUGGUGGAUUACAAAGACUUAGCAGGUAUAGCCACCUAUUCACAGCAUUGCGAUGAUCCCUGUUUCCCACCUGGAAGAUCUGUUCACAAGCUCAGCCCAGAACCACUGAGAAUCAUUCAUGAGACACUGGAAGAAUCUUCUGAUUGGAUUUAUGGCUUUUUUUCUUUACUGUCUGACCUCGUAUGGAGUGAUGAUGAUGACAGUGAUGAAGGUGAAGUGGAGCCUUCCCUAAAAAAAGAAAUUCAAAAACAGAAAACAGAGAGACCUGAAAAACGAACGCCAGCGAAGGCAACACACAGAGACAAACCUGAGAAACAAGAAAAAAUUGAGAAGAAGGAACCCCCAAAGGUGACAAGUAAAGACAAACUGGAAAGACAAGAGAAACCUGAAAAAAAGGAAAGGCAUGCAGUUGUUCACAAAGAGAAACCUGAAAAGCCAGAAAAACAAGAAAAGAGAGCACCGCCUAAAGUAACUCAAAAAGAUGCACCUGAAAGACAUGAAAAAGCUGAAAAGAAACCUCCUCCCAAAGAGGAGAAGAAAGUAAAGAGCACUAAGGUGGAAGCAAAAGUUAAAAAGGAAGUGAAGGAUGGAAAAGGAGAAGCAAAGACGGCAGAGAAGGUCAAGCAAGCAGAGACAAAAACAACAGAAACUGGGCUAAUAAAGGCCAAAACGAAAGUUAAGGAGGAGAAAGCUCUUCAGACUGUAACUAAAUCGGACAAGAAAGAUCAAUAUGCAUUCUGUCGCUAUGUGAUUGACAUGUUUGCACAAGGGGAUUUUUAUCCAGGUGCAGGACAUAAGGAGUUUGCACCACCUCGUCUACUUCUGGAACACAGCCCAAGAAAGAAACCAGCAGCUAUUGAAGAGAGAAAAGAGGAGAAGAAAAAGAGUGAUGAAAAGAAGACUACGACUGAAACGAAGAUGAAAGAAAAAACAGGAAAAAAGGAGAAAGCUCAUGAGAAGACAGCUGUCCCUGAAAUUAAAAAAGCAGAUAAAAAAGAAGCUGCUGUAUCCAAAGAACUCAAAAAGCCAGCAAAAGCUCCUGCAGCCAACCCAGCCAUCAAAAAAGCAGCAGCACCAGAACCACAUAAAAAAGAAAAAAUAAUGGAAUAUGGCAAAACAACAAAGAAAGAAGCAAAAGUACAUGCAGCUGUGGAAACUUCUAAGUCAAAAGCAGGACUUGAGAAAAAAGAAGGAAAAGCAACAAAGGCAGCAGUGCAAGAUAAACCAAAGAUGAAACAAGGAAAUCCUGGAAAAGAUAAAGAAUUGAAAUCUCCAUCUGCCACAAAAGAUAAAGAACAUGCUAAAGAAAAGGAAGGGAAGAAUCCUACAUCUUUAAAAGAAAAAGUAAUUACAGGUCCUUCUAACGUGACAAAGGAGGCUAGACUUUCUCCGCCCAACCUUCAGAAAAGAGCAGAUUCCCUUAAAAUAAAAAAUCCCAAGAAUCCAGAGAGCAUAAGAGAAAAAGAGACUGGAAAAAGAAAAGAUGUGAAGGCUCCAACAGCCUUAAAGGAAAAAGACUCUUCAAAACGAAAAGAAAUUAAGGCUUCAAUUAAUCCUAAGGAAAAAGGUAACAAUCCCAAGUUGAACUGAACCUUAGCCUAAGUUUCAGUUGAGAAAAUAAAUCCAUUGUUCAUGGUGUCAUAAAUUAGAUCCUAGCUUCUUUGGUUAGCUGUUCCUGAAUAUCCUUGAAUGGCAUCCUUUGCUGCUGAACAUUCUUUUUACCUGAUUGAACAAGUGACAGGUGCAUAUGAAGCUAUACAAAGUUGUAGCUGUGGUAUUUUAUAGACUCUAAAGUCAAAAGGAAUUAGUUUCUUUUUUCUUGAUUUUGUCUCAUCCUUUCUAUUUAAAUUAGUCAUUUCAGAUUGCAUUUUACUUCUUCUACAUAUUAUUUGAUUGCACUUUUCUCUCUCUUCUUAUAUUGAAAUAUCAGCACUAGCCAUCAAAUAAAAAUCAAUUACAAUUUAUAGUACAUCUCA